CCUGCUCUUCUCCUCCCUCACCGGGGAAAUGGGGCGAUUUGGUGGCAGAAAUUCCGAGGAAAACACACUUUUGUUAGUCCAAAGAAACACAAAUCGAGCACACCGAAGGGCUCCCCGGCCGUGCAGCGGGGCGGGCUCUGCAACGCACCAAUCACCGCGCGGCUCCUCUCUAAAAAUACGAGCAUCUGACCCGCGCCAGCCCAAUUGUGUUCGCCUGCUCCGCAGAGGACGCCGCCGCGAUGUCCGAGACCGCUCCCGCCGCCGCCCCCGAUGCGCCCGCGCCCGGCGCCAAGGCCGCCGCCAAGAAGCCGAAGAAAGCGGCGGGCGGCUCCAAAGCCCGCAAACCCGCCGGCCCCAGCGUCACCGAGCUGAUCACCAAGGCCGUCUCCGCCUCCAAGGAGCGCAAGGGGCUCUCCCUCGCCGCGCUCAAGAAGGCGCUGGCCGCCGGCGGCUACGAUGUGGAGAAGAACAACAGCCGCAUCAAGCUGGGGCUCAAGAGCCUCGUCAGUAAGGGCACUCUGGUGCAGACCAAGGGCACCGGCGCCUCCGGCUCGUUCCGCCUCAACAAGAAGCCCGGAGAAGUGAAGGAAAAAGCCCCCAAGAAGCGGACAGCUGCGGCCAAGUCCAAGAAGCCGGCGGCUAAGAAGCCCGCCAGCGCUGCCAAGAAGCCCAAGAAAGCUGCAGCCGUGAAGAAAAGCCCCAAAAAGGCCAAGAAACCGGCGGCUACCGCGGCUAAGAAGGCGGCCAAGAGCCCCAAGAAAGCGGCCAAAGCAGGUCGCCCCAAAAAGGCAGCAAAGAGCCCGGCCAAGGCGAAGGCAGUGAAGCCAAAAGCAGCCAAGCCGAAGGCGGCCAAGCCCAAAGCAGCCAAGGCGAAGAAAGCAGCACCCAAAAAGAAGUAAAUUAUACCAGAAGAGUCUUGCUCUACAUAUUUUGUUAUCCAACGGCUCUUUUAAGAGCCACCCACACUUUCCCUAAAGGAGCUGAGGCACCGAGGUCGUCAGUAAUCUGCAGCAAGGAUCCAGUAAUUCGUAAGUCGACAGAGGUCAAUUGUGUCUUUUCCUCCCCCCCCCUACGAUUACCGAAAGAAACGCUAACGAGCACGGUAUAACGAGGCGGCUUUAGGGAAGUGUAGACUUUUACAUCUUUUUGACGAGUAAUUGGUUUGACUACCAGGAAGCAAUGUUUUGUAGUAAUGAUUUGAUAAAAAUCGGACGUACUUUUUUUUAAGAAUAUAUUUUGUAAGAAAAGCAAUGCAAUUGUCGGGCACGCUACUACUGAGCCAUAUCUAAUCUGUUGUAUUUCUCUUAAGGUGUCUUCUUAAAUGGUUUUGUCUGUUUUGGGGGAGGAGGGGAGGAUUUGCUUACUGACCCGAAAAUGGCCCUGAGCUCUUCCCUUCCUUUUGUUCUCGAUGAGAAAGAAAAGGAGCUUUAAGUAUUGAAAAAGCCCGCCCUGACCAAGGAUUGGCCAGCGGAGAGCCCGGCCCGCUGCCCCUUCCCCCCCUUCGCCUCGUAUCUCUAGUGCUGUUGCAGCCACUCUCGGAGAAGAAAAACGCGGAAGAGGGGGGAGGGAGAGCCGGAGGGACGGGAGCUCUCACCGAAACACACCGUUCCCGUGAUCUCUGGCUUAAGAACUAACCGGAAAACACCCCCUCUCCGGAAGAACUUGCUUUGGAAGGACAUUUGGCACGACAUUGUGUUAACAGAAACGUGGAAAGCGUUGCUAAUAUUACCAAGCCAAAAAUACUGUUAAUAAACAUGGAGAAAAAAAAAUGACAAAACACGGGUUGAGUAAUUCAUGUAAAAGGGCAUAAGUAGGGAUAACUGAGCUCUCUUAUGAUUUUGUGGGUGGCUCUGAAAAGAGCCUUAAGAUUAUGUUCUCCAGAAGAGACAACGUGCUGGCUUUCCGUUGCAUUCACUUGGCUUUAGCCUUGUGGCUGUCGGUCUUCUUGGGCAGCAGCACGGCCUGGAUGUUGGGCAGCACCCCGCCCUGCGCGAUCGUCACCUUGCCCAGCAGCUUGUUGAGCUCCUCGUCGUUGCGGAUGGCCAGCUGCAGGUGGCGGGGGAUGAUGCGCGUCUUCUUGUUGUCGCGGGCCGCGUUGCCCGCCAGCUCCAGGAUCUCGGCCGUCAGGUACUCCAGCACGGCCGCCAGGUACACCGGCGCGCCGGCGCCCACCCGCUCCGCGUAGUUGCCCUUGCGCAGCAGACGGUGCACGCGGCCCACGGGGAACUGCAGCCCGGCCCGCGACGAGCGCGACUUGGCCUUGGCCCGCGC